AUGGAUUCCAAGGGUGAUUUGGUCGUCGCUGUUGCAGACAUGAGCAUCAUGGAAGAUUCCUCAUGGGAAAAACAUAUUGCAGUACAGAUUAAAAGAGGGCAACCACGUUUUAUUGUCGCUGAUUGUAACCUUCUGUCGAAAAUCCUCGAUAGUGUUAUUUCUGAGUCUAAAAAACUUGCAAUUCAGCCGAAAAUCAUCAUUGAGCCUACGUCACAACCGAAACUGGCACGCAUCAAUGGCUUAAGUUCAAGAAACUUAUCUGUGUUCCCCAAUAAUAGUAUACUGAUGAUCACUCCCACCGCCGCUGAACUUGAAAGCAUUUAUGCGUCCUUCAGUUACAGAGAGCUCUUCGAUGACUAUGAUGAAUGGUUUCCUGUGUUGGAUUCCUUGGGUGUCAAUGCCCAAUUUCGUGAUCGAUUAGAGUCUAUUGCACUUAAAAACCCAGUCAUGUCACUGCUUUUAAAGCGAGGCACUCCUCAACAAGCUACACAGUUAUUGCCAUAUAUACCUAAUAUUUUGGUGAAACUAGGUGCCGAGGGGUGCGUUUUGUUCAGAUUAAGCACCGAUGUGACGAGUUACAAGUCUGUUCCUACCACCUCUGACUUUAAACCUACUUUUACCAUAACCUCUCAUGGCCGAGAAGUCGAGGACGGAAAGAAAUUGGGAGUAGUCAUACAGCACUUUGCAAUUCCUACAGAAAACGAGGGAAUAGCUAUUGUUAAUACCACCGGAGCUGGGGAUUCGCUUUUGGGUUACUUGAGUUCUGCACUAUCAAAUCAUGACUGGCUAACACUGGAGAUCGAGACAUUGGAGCAGGAAUGGGCACUAUGGGAGGCAAUUCACAAAGCCCAACUAGCUAGUGGUAAAACGCUCAAAUGUGCCGCUGCAACUAGUGAAGAGAUUGCGUCAAUUAAAUAG